AUGGGUGUCGAUGUAGAUACCAUUUCACCUGGAGACGGCACUACAUAUCCAAAACCUGGACAAACUGUGGUAGUUCAUUACACAGGAACGCUACAGAAUGGUAAAAAGUUUGACUCCUCAAGGGACAGAGGUCAGCCUUUUAAGUUUACACUGGGCAGAGGUGAUGUUAUCAAGGGUUGGGAUCAAGGAUUGACCAGGAUGUCAGUAGGAGAACGUGCAACACUUACAUGUUCACCAGAUUUUGCCUAUGGAUCUAGAGGACAUCCUGGCAUCAUACCACCAAACUCAACGUUGAUAUUUGAUGUUGAGCUAUUGAGGGUUGAAUAA